UCAACCUCUCUCUCUAAAUAGUUCUGUUCAGACUAUUGGGAUUAUUAGUUAAAGGCUCCGGCCUGGUCUGGACCAGAACCAGCGGUUUACCACCCCCUGGGAGGUAAAACCUCCCAACUACAAACUCAUUGGGCGUGCCCUGGUAUUAGCACUGCGCAAGCAGGAAGAAGGACCCAGUGCGUUCCUAGCUUUUAUAUACUAUCUAUGGUUCCUAGACUUGAGACGGCACACAACAUAAAUAUCUACGAAAAGGUGAUUUCCACAGGCAUCAUGGUGAACUGCUGUGGUCUGCUUACUGCCACCAAGGAACCAGUUCCUCUGAAGAGCGUGGAUGUGGAGGUCACGGUGCGAGAUCACGUGGCGACGGUCGCCGCCACCCUGCUGUAUGAGAACAAAGAGCAGAGCCCCAUCGAGGCCGUCUUCGUCUUCCCGUUGCCCGGCGAUGCCGCCGUCUGCCAUUUCAGCGCCAAGAUCGGCCAGUCGGAGGUGGUCGCCGAAGUGCGGGAGAAGCAGAAGGCUCGCGAGGAGUAUGACGACGCGCUCACCAGGGGCCAGCAGGCCUUCCUAUUGGAGGAGAGCGAGAAGAGCCCGGACGUGUUCUCCCUGAGCGUGGGCAGUCUGCCUCCAGGGGAGAGCGCCUCCAUCAGGCUGGAGUACGUCACUGAGCUCGCAGUCCAGGCUGACGACGGCCUGAGAUUCUGCCUGCCAGCCGUGCUAAACCCACGCUAUCAGCCUUUGGGCAGUGAUGGCGGUGCUGGGACCAUCAGCUUCGGCCCUGGCACCUCUGUACCAGCCAGUCUGGUGCCCUACAGUCUGUCUCUCUGUGCCAGUGUCUGUUCUCCACGGCCCAUCACUAAAGUAGAAUCCAACUGCUCCCUGGACCCGGUGCAGUACCUCAACCAACAGCAGACCCAGGCCGCAGUAAAGCUGGCUGCGGGUCAUAAGUUUGACCGGGAUGUAGAGCUGCUGUUGUAUUACAAAGACUCCCACCUGCCUACGGCUGUGGUGGAGGCGGGCUGUGCGUCUGCUAAGCCUGGUUCUCUGAUGGGCGACCCGGUGGUCAUGGUCAGCCUCUACCCCGAGUUCCCGCCGGCGGUGAUGUCAUUAAUGACCAAGUCUGGGGAGUUCCUGUUUGUGAUCGAUCGUUCUGGAAGCAUGAGUUCGCCCAUGAGUAAUGCAGAUAGCAGUCAGAUUCGCAUUGAUAGUGCCAAGGAAACACUGCUUCUCCUGUUGAAGAGCCUUCCGAUUGGCUGCUAUUUCAACAUCUACAGCUUUGGUUCCAGUUAUACCCACAUCUUCCCGCAGAGUGUAGUUUACAGCCAGCAGACAAUGGAUGAAGCUCUGAAGGUGAUUGAGGACCUGCGGGCCGACAUGGGAGGAACAGAAAUUCUUGAACCACUUAAGCAUAUCUUCAAGCAGCCCUGCAUCCCAAGUCAGCCAAGACAACUGUUUGUCUUUACUGACGGCGAGGUGUCUAACACCAAGGCAGUGAUAGAUGUGGUGAAGAGGAAUUCUGGUUCUCACAGGUGUUUCUCUUUUGGUAUUGGCGGGGGAGCCAGUACGGCCCUCAUCAACGGGUUGGCCAAAGAAGGACGGGGCCACGCCCAGUUCAUCGCCGGUGCUGACAGAAUGCAGUCCAAAGUGAUGCAGUCACUGCGCUUUGCUCUGCAACCGGCUGUGGUGGACAUCUCUGUCACAUGGGAUGUACCUGCCGGUGUGUCAGUCACUACACUUACUCCGCCCAUCACAAACCUCUUCCAGGGUCAGAGGUCAUUGAUCUAUGCCCAGCUCACUGGAGAGGGCUCUGGGGAUGCAGAGGGCUGUGUGACUGUGAAAUAUAGCCUGGCAGAACAUCCUACUCAGAAUCAGCUGAAUUUCAGCCUCAAGCCGACAGAGGACACAGGGUUGACUGCCCACCGACUGGGGGCUCGGACCCUGAUUCGCUCUCUGGAGGUGGAGGCAAACGAACCCGGUGUCCUUAGCGACCAAGUCAAGGCAAAGGAAAAGGUGGUCGAAGUCAGUGUCCAAUCAGGAGUGAGCAGCUCCCUUACCGCCUUCAUCGCCGUGAACAAGGGCAACGGGGAGGCUUUACAAGGGCCUCUUCUGCGCAGAAAUGUGCCGGCACCGAGGAUGAAGAUGGGCAGGAUUUCGGGGCGAAUGGCGCAAAUGGCAAUGCCAAUAAUAGGAUGUAGCUCAGCCAUGGCUCCAGACAUGGCUCUUUCUGCAAACCGUGUACCGAUGCCCAGUAAAGGUCUGUUUUGUAAGAAGAAAAAAGUUCUCGCAGGUUCAAAUAUCAUGGCGCACAGUCUUUGUGCGGGAAUGGUAGAAAUGGAUUCCGCUGAUUAUGAGGAUCCACAAGAUCUGGCUAUCCCGGCUCCAAGGGACCCCAUGCUACAGCUGAUCUCCCUCCAGAGGGCCUCUGGCUCCUGGCUACUGGAGUCCGCUCUGGCUGCCGUAUUUGGAAGGACCCUCAAGGAUGUGGAGGGUGCAACGCCUGUGUCGGUGAGCCCAGAAGUGUGGGCUACAGUUCUGGCUGUGAUCUGGCUCCAUGGCUUCAACAAUGAUGCUCAGGAGGAGUGGGAGUUUCUGGCAAUGAAGGCCGUGUCAUGGCUGCAUGGGGAAAAAGUGCCCUGCAUGACAGAGUGCGUAGAAGCAGGGAAUGUCCUGCUGGGAUGCCAGGUGCAGGAGUCUUCCAUGGGAAUGUGAGUGGUUCAGGGUGUCAGCAGGGCAGUGCGCCUGUUCUGUGGUUCACCGUCAGCUGGGGGAUGGUACACUUUUCAGGUCCUUCCCAGAGCUGUUGCUUGUCCUAAUGGCCUUUGAUUAUUUUUGCCUUUGUGAUUAUCUGCACUGGAGGUAUUCUUCCAGGAUAAGCCAUGUAACCCAAUCCACAAUGCGUGCUUUAAAGAUAAUAAUAUUUGAUUACAUUAUUCAUUUUAUCUUACAUUUUCCAGCGUGUGGCAUGUAGCAGCCUACCUGUGUUAAGCAGGCUACCAAACCUGUGUUUUUUGCCCGAGUUAUCUGUAAUUUGGUGCCUGAAACAAAUGCUAACAAAAUGUGCUGUAAUUGGUAUCAACUGUUAUUUUUAUUUUAUAUUUUGCUUUAAUACAAGACAAAUGGCUUCCGUCCUCAUUUGUUUUCAUUACAAAUAGUCAUGGUGAUAUAAUAAACUCUACCAUAAAAGUG